AUGGCCUCCAAGCAGAUGGUGCAUAUGAACCAAGGACAAGGGGAAAGAAGUUAUGCUCGCAACUCUGGUAUUCAGAAUGCUCAGCAGAACAGGAUGAAGCUCCUGAUAGAAAGAGCCAUCAUAGACUUAUGCAGCAGCACCUUGUUACCUGAAACAAUGGUGAUCGCGGACUUGGGCUGCUCUUCUGGCCCAAACGCGCUGGCACUGGUAUCGGUCGUUGUCGAGGCGAUCCAUGGUUACUGUCUUCAGUUCCAGCAGCCACCACCGGAGCUAUGCGUGUUCCUCAACGACUUGCCUGACAACGACUUCACUACAGUGGUGAAGAGCCUUGUCACACUCCGUCGAAUUAACGACCCUGUUGUCGUGACGGGAGUCGCACCGGGGUCGUUUUAUGAGAGGCUCUUCACCAGUAGCUCAGUGCAUCUUGUGUGCUCGUCCAGUAGCCUGCACUGGCUCUCAAAGGCUCCUGAAGUUCUAAGGAGGAACCAGAUCCCGGCUUACUACAUUGAUGAGCAUGUUAGGCGUGAAAAGCUCCCUAUGGUCCUUGAGGCUUAUGUACAGCAGUUUAGGAAGGACUUCAAACAUUUCCUGGAACUGAGAGCCAAAGAAUUAGUCCCGGGAGGCCAGAUGGUUGUUUCCAUUAUAGGAAGGCAUUCUGAUGGCAUCGCCCCCUUUCACAUCUGGGACAUCCUUGCUCAGGUUCUAAGCCUUAUGGCCUCAGAGGGUGUAAUCGACAAGGCGAAGUUUGAUUCUUUCUGCGUGCCAGUCUAUGGACCUUCAAAGGAAGAUUUAAGGGAGAUCAUCCAAGAAGAUGGUUCCUUUUUCAUCAAGGAGUUUCUGGUGCAUGAUUUUUUAAGCGACCUAGACAGUGCACUCGUCACCCCAAGCUGGAUCGCCAACCAGAUAAGAGUAGUGUACGAACAGAUAGUCGUGCAACAUUUUGGGGAUGUGAUGGACGAAUUCGUGAGGAUCGCGGAGCGGCGCUGGAGCCUGGAUGCAAGCUUGCUGCAGCAAGACCAUGCCGGAUUAGCUAUGCUGACUCUGUCGGUCGCCAAGGCCUGAUGGAUUGAUGGUCUUGGCCGGUGGUGUGACUGCUUUGCUUUUU